GACAACAUACUGUUAUUCCUUGACAGAUAUAUAAUAAGAUAUGGAAGCUAUAUGGCUGUACCAGUUUCGGCUGAUUGUCAUUGGCGACUCUACGGUGGGGAAGUCUUGUUUGAUCAGACGCUUCACAGAAGGACGUUUUGCACAGGUGUCUGAUCCUACUGUUGGCGUAGACUUCUUCUCCCGUCUGGUGGAGAUUGAACCAGGCAAACGCAUCAAGCUUCAGAUCUGGGACACGGCAGGCCAAGAGAGAUUCAGAUCUAUCACAAGGGCUUAUUAUCGUAAUUCAGUGGGUGGCCUUUUGCUUUUCGACAUCACCAACCGGCGCUCCUUCCAAAAUGUCCACGAGUGGCUGGAGGAAGCGCGCAGUCACGUGCAGCCUCACAGCAUCGUCUUCUUACUGGUCGGCCACAAGUGUGACCUGGAGCAGCAGCGGCAGGUGAGCCAGCAGGAGGCAGAGAAACUGGCAGCCGCUUACGGCAUGCGCUACGUGGAGACCUCGGCCCGUGAUGCCAUAAACGUAGAGAGGGCUUUCACGGAGCUGACGCGCGACAUCUUCGAGCUGGUCAAAUGUGGUGACAUCACCAUCCAGGAGGGCUGGGAGGGUGUCAAGAGCGGUUUCGUGCCCAACGUGGUGCAUUCAUCCGAGGAGGUGACCAAGAGUGACCGCCGCUGCCUCUGUUGAUCAAGUGACUCCUGUCGGCGUAUCAUGCUCCUUCACUGCAAAACCAGUACCGUCGUUCUCCCUUAGCUUGACAUUCCCACUACUGCAACCCCACAAAUACUCUCAUCCUCUCAAUCAAUGUUUUCUGCUUUCAUAGUUACUUCCAAUAAAGUUCUCUUAAAAGUCAGUUCAAAUAAUGACUUCAAGAUAAGCAAAUGUGAAUUAACUGGAGCUUUGGCGAGUCUUCUCAGUCCACCUUGGAAGAUGGAACUUGGGGAACUGAGUUGUGAGAACUGUUUGAGUAAAAGAUUGCAGAAACACACAGAUCCUUUGGAGCAAAGACGGACCCAAUAUUUACACCAAACGUUUAGACGGUAAUGAUGGAUCAUUUGAGAGCAUGUACAGGAGUACCACACCAAUCCAAACAUCACAUUGGACUAAAUAGCCCCUAAUGUGUUCACUAAAGAUACUCAUUAAUAAUAAUUUUCUGUAAUUCCUUUUUUUUUUUUUUUUUUUUUUAAUAAUGUUAUUCAUCAAUGAUGCAUUAAAUUGAUCAAAAGUCACAGUAAAGACAUUUAUAAUGUUAAAAUAGAUUUCUAUUUAAAAAAAAAAAUGCUGUUCUUUUGAACAUUCGAUUCAUCAGAGAAUCCUGAAAAACUGCAUCAUGGUUUCCACAAAAAUAUUAAGCAGCACAACUGUUUUCAACAUUGAUAAUAAUAAAAACUGUUUCUUGAGCAGCAAAUCAUCAUAUUAGAAUGAUUUCUGAAGAAUUAUGUGAGUAAUGAUGCUGAAAAUUCAGCUUUGCCAUCACAGUAAUAAAUUACAGUUUAAAAUAUAUUAAAACAGAAAACAGUUAUUUUAAAUUGUAAUAGUAUUUCACAAUUUUUUGAUCAAUUAAAUGCAGCCUUGAGAUACUUACUGACCCCAAACUUGAAUGGUAGUAUAUUGGUUGUUUAUUUGGGGCCUCUGAUUUCAAAAAUUAAAGUGUUAGUUCACUCAAAAAUUAAAUUUCUGUCAUUAAUUACUCACCCUCAUGUCGUUCAACAUCCGUAAGACCUUCGUUCAUCUUCAGAACACAAAUUAAGAUAUUUUUGAUGAAAUCUGAGAGGUUUUUUUUUAUCCCCCAUAGAAAGCAACAUAAAAAUAACAACUUUAUUCAACAAUUUCGUCUCUCCCGUCAUUCUCCUACACUGUUUUCAGCGCUUCCGUGUUUACAUCCAAACGCCGACUCAGUAUUGGCCGCCGCUGUUGACGUGAGCACCAUGACACAUGCGUGUGAUGCUGACGCAGGAGCCGGCAAAUACUGAUGUUGUACACAAAAGAAAACAUUAAGGUUGAACCACUGUAGUAACGCUGACUAUUUUAAUGAUGUCUUUACUACUUCUCUGGACCUUGAAUAUGGUAAUUAUGUUGCUUUCUAUGGGGGAUAAAAAUCUAUUCUAUCGGAUUUCAUCAAAAAUAUCUUAAUUUGUGGUUGUGAAGAUGAACAAAGUUCUUACGGGUGUGGAACGACAUGAGGGUGAGUAAUUAAUGACAGAAAUUUCAUUUUUGGGUGAACUAACCCUUUAAACAGUAGGGGGAGAAAUUCUGUUCCUUAUCGUCAAACCUUAUUGCCUGACAAGGAGAUUUCGCCUGCAGAGGUCAUAACAAUCACAGGGAAUGUGAAAGUUCUUUGUUUCCUUCAGGAUGUACCCUCGUGAUUUUUAAAGCAUUAAAUGAUUCAAUGCGUAAAGUUAAAGACCAAAUCAAAUUAAAGCAUUUUGAAUGGCUACAUUCAAAUCUCUGAGAUCAUCUAUAAACCUUCCAGAAAACAUGCAAUUAUAGAGAGCCACAUUUAGGUUUCCCGCCUUUUUCUCAUUUAAAAUGGGUCAUGGUAUCCUUAGACACUUUUCCAGGGACUUUACCAACAUACUUCUUUGUAAAGCACUGAUAAAUCAUAUCCGAAUUUUUUCUGGUUAGGUUCUUCCUAAUGAAGUUCACUCUUUCAUAACUGUUGCCUGUCACUUGAGGUUAGUAGCUGCUGAGAAAAUGUACAUUUUUUGACUUACAGACUAAUACAAUGUCAUUUAGCCAACUGAAAUGACUAUUAACUGUGUAUUUAUUGAUCCUGUGGGAGAGAUGAACUAUCAAUAAAAUGUGUGACACAAAAGAUUUUGUGUCUAAAAAU